GAAUGCACACAACAUACUUUUUGGUCGUCUCUGACUCCUAGCUUAACAUUUUCGCAUGCAUUUAUUGAAGGGUAAUUAUUUGAAAAAUAAUAAAUCGCAGCGAUGAGACUGUUUCGGUCGCUGCUCAGUUCAAACUUCAGGCCGUUCUUUGACUUCGGCGAACGGGAUGUUGCUCACUGGUUCCCCGGACACAUGGCUAAAGGAUUAAAGCAAAUGCGUGCCAGUUUGAAAAGUGUGGACUGUGUCAUAGAAAUACAUGACGCCAGAAUUCCUUUCUCUGGAAGAAACCCUGUGUUCCAGGAAACUCUAAAUGUCAAACCGCACAUUCUCAUUUUGAACAAGAUGGACCUCGCAGAUCUGUCAGGGAAGCAGAAAAUCCUGAAGAAUCUUCAGAGAAAUGGAGUGAAGAAUGUGAUUUUUACAGACUGUCUGAAGCAAAGAGAUGAAAAUGUCACAAAGGUGGUGCCGAUGGUGUUGCAAGUUAUUGAGAACAGCAUGCGAUUCAACAGAUCAGAGACGUUUGACUACUGCCUGAUGGUCAUCGGAGUGCCCAACGUGGGGAAAUCCUCUUUCAUCAACUCAUUACGAAGAACAAACCUGAAAAGAGGUCGAGCCUCUCGUGUGGGAGCUGAGCCUGGUAUCACCAGAGCUGUGCUGACUAAAAUCCAGGUCUGUGAACGACCGAUCAUCCACCUGCUGGACACUCCCGGGGUCUUGCCCCCGAAUAUUGAGAGCGUGGAGACUGGCAUGAAGUUGGCAUUGUGUGGGACGAUAUUGGACCAUCUAGUGGGCGAGGACAUUAUUGCAGACUAUUUGCUCUUCUCACUGAACCGGCUGGAACAGUUUGGUUAUGUAGAGAAGUACAACCUGGAGGAGCCUAGUGACAACAUCCAGCAUGUCCUCAAACGCAUCGCAGUGAAACUCAAGAAGACCCAACGGGUUAAAGCCAUCACCGGAGUGGGCGACAUCACCAUCACUGUUCCAAACUACACAGCCGCAGCGUACGACUUCAUUCGUGCCUUCAGGAGAGGAGAGCUGGGACAAGUCAUGCUGGACUGAAGACUCAGAAUCGCAAUGUAGGCGUUGAUCUGCUCCUCAUGUUACAAAUGACUUUUUAUUCAAAUGAAAUAUGUAAA